GUCCCUUUAACUCAAGUCACAUGGAAACCACUGGCCGGUUCUGCUCCGCGUGCUGGUGUUGGAGCGCUCACGGACCAGGCCGAACUGGAGGCUCCGAUUUGACCGCCUCUGCGCGUCCGCCUGACAACUUCGUCCUCACACGACUUUUUAAAACUUAAUUUCACGAGAGAGUAAAAAAAAGUCGACAGCAAGUCUUUAAACCGGACCAGAGAGACUGUGUUUACAUAUUUGACAGGCGCGGCAUACUCACGUUGUGAGCUCGUCAUCUUUUCCGCUUUAUUAGAAAUAUCAACGGUUACCGAGGGAUUUACAGAAGGUGACAGCUCUGAACUAUGGAGAUGACACAGGAACUUGAGCAGAUCCUUUUACAGCUGGCACAGCCUGACAACGCUGUCAUUCAGCAGGUGACAGCUAAGCUGAAGCAGGCUUUCAAAGACCCAGCCAUUAUACCGGCUCUGUGUGCUGUCAUGAGCGGCUCUCAAAACCCUCAGAUUCGUCAGUCGGCUGCUGUUAUGCUGAGGUUGAGAGUGAAGAAACACUGGAAGAAGAUCAGCCCUAACGACAGAGAGAGCCUCAAGGCAGUGGUGUUGCAGGCCUUCAUGCAGGAAACAGAACACACAGUGCAGCAUGCUCUGUCCCAACUGUGCGCGGUUAUGGUUAAACAUGAGACGCCGGACCGCUGGCCUGCCCUGCUGCAGCUUCUCAAUCAAGCCACCAAGAGCAGCAACCCUCAUGACAGACAGGUUGGCCUCCUGCUGCUAAAUAAGGUGAUGGAGUCCAACCCUGAGCCUUUCAAGCCUCACUACUCCCAGCUACUGCAGCUGUUUAGUGUUGUGCUGCAGGACCUCAGCAACCCAACAUCCCUGUACUACUGCAUCCUCACUCUUACAGCCAUAACUGCGUUCACCGGCAAUGAAGAGAUGAACCAGAUGCGCUCUAUCGUCCCAAGUCUGAUUGUUGCUCUGAAACAUCUUAUCAAGGCUGAUGAGGUCCAAGCCAGCGAGGCCAUGGAAGUGUUAAAUGAGCUCAUAGAGAGCGAGGUGUCCAUUGUUGUCCCUCACAUUGCUGACAUCGUCCGUUUCUGCUUGGAGGUGGGCGGCGACACCACACUGAGUGACUCUUUGCGAGUCAAAGCACUUUUUUGCAUCGCGUGCCUCAUCAAGUUGAAGAGCAAGACCGUGCUGAAGCAGAAGCUCCUGAAUCCCAUCCUGCAUGCCAUUUUCCCUCUGCUGACGGCGUCCCCUCCACCCGGUGAGCAGGACCCUGAGGAUGUUGAGGAUGACAAAGAAGAUGGCACAGACGACGAAAACCCCAAACACGCUGCCGCUCAGAUUAUUGACACCAUGGCUCUACACAUGCCUCCAGAGAAACUGUUCCAACAACUAAUGCCCCUUACUCAGACAUGCCUCGCCAGUGAUAACCCCUAUCAGAGGAAAGGUGGUCUCAUGUGUCUCGCUGUACUGGCUGAAGGAUGUGCAGACCACAUACGCACCAAGAUGAUGUCAUCAGUGCUGCAGACAGUGUGCCAGAGUCUUUCUGACAGUAAUCAGGUUGUGCGCAGUGCCGGCCUGUUUGCCCUCGGACAAUUCUCUGAACAUUUACAGCCUGAAGUGAGUACAUACUGUGCAGAGUUGAUGCCUUUGUUGCUGGGCUACCUUUCAUCCUUAAACAAUGCCAAAGUCGGCCACGUCACUAAAGCCUUCUACGCUUUGGAGAAUUUCAUGGAAAACUUAGGAGCUGACAUUGAGCCCUACCUGCCCACCCUGAUGGACACUAUGUUGUCUGCUCUCAACAACACUGACAGCCUCAAGAUUAAAGAGCUCGCUGUAUCAGCCAUAGGUGCCAUAGCCAAUGCUGCCAAGGAGUUGCUGGUUCCCUACUUCCCACCAGUUAUUGAAAGCCUGAAGGGCUUCCUGACUGCCACCACAGAGGAAAUGAGGUCUCUGCAAACUCAGUCUUUGGAUACUCUCUCUGUGCUGGCCCGCACCAUUGGCAAAGAUUUCUUCAGUCCUCUUGCGGCAGAGUGUGUUCAGCUGGGCCUCAACCUCACCGAUACCAUCGAUGACCCUGACCUGAGGCGCUGCACGUACAGCCUGUAUUCUGCUGUAUCCACAGUGAGCCCCGACUGCGUGACUCCUCACCUCACUGCCAUCACAACUGUCAUGCUGCUGGCCCUGAAGUCCAACGAAGGCAUCACGGCUCACCUCGAGGAGGACAAGACGUUUGUCCUGCUGGACGACGACGACGACGACGACAACGACGAAAAAGAGGCAGAUGAUUUUUUGGAAGACGAGCCAGAGACGGACGUCCUUGAUGUUGCGGGGUUCAGUGUAGAAAAUGCCUAUAUUGAUGAGAAGGAGGAUGCCUGCGAUGCACUGGGAGAGAUUGCCUUCAGCACUGGUGCUGCCUUCCAGCCCUUCCUGGAGUCCAGCUUCCAGCAGGUUUACGAGAUGAGAGAUUUUCCCCACGAGGACGUUCGCAGGGCAGCGUUCGGAGCCAUGGGCCAGUUUUGUCGAGCGCAGCACAAAGUGUGGAAGGAGAAUCCCAUCGAGGCCAACCACCAGGCCCUGUUGAAGCUGCUGGAUGUGGUGCUUCCUUGCUUUGUGGAAGCAGUGCGCACAGAGAAAGAGCGCCUGGUUGUAAUGGGUGUCCUGGAAACUAUGAACAAUGUCAUUAAAACCUGCAAAGAGGAGGUUUUCAGAAACCCUUCACGCCUUCAAGAGAUCAGCCACGUCAUCCGUGAUGUGCUCAAGAAAAAGACCAUUUGUCAGGAUGCUGGUGGCGAUGAAGAUGAUGAUGAACAACAGGCAGAGUACGAUGGCAUGCUUCAGGAGUUUGCCGGAGAGGGAAUCCCCUUGGUGGCCUCUUCUGUUUCUGCAGACAAAUUCUCCCCUUUCCUCAAUGAUUUGCUGCCACUCCUCAUGAGCAAGACUAAAUCCUCAUGCACGGUGGCCGAGCGAUCCUUCUCUGUGGGCACCAUUGGAGAAAUCCUUCAAGCCCUGGUCAGCGUGUCCGGAGGGCGGGGAUUGGCAGGACGGCUGUCCAAUCGUUUGCUUCCCGUGCUGGUAGCUGGAGUGAAGGACAGUGAUGCUGAGGUUCGCAACAACAGUGUAUUCGGACUGGGAUGUUUGGCCCAGGCAGCCGGACCCAUCAUUGUGUCUGACUAUCCCAUGAUGCUCUCAGUGUUUUCCAACCUGCUGUCCAAGGAAUCGAACCUCAGGGUGAUUGACAACCUCUGUGGUGCCCUCUGCAGGAUGAUCCUGAGCAACGUGGAAGCCAUGCCCCUGGAGCAGGUUGUGCCUGCUCUGGUGGCCCGUCUGCCACUCAAAGAGGACAUGGAAGAGAAUAAGACAGUGUUCAGUUGUCUGGCUAUGCUCUACACACACAGUCCUGCUCUGGUUGUGAAGUUAAUGAAACCAAUAGUUGCCGCUUCCAGUCACGUGGUUGGCCACAAAGACGUCGAUAAUGAAACCCAGAAGAUUUUGGGUGCGAUGAUAAAAGAAUUUGCCCAGAAACACAGCGCAGAAUUCCAAGCAGCUGUGAAGCCACUUCCUGCAGAGCAGCAGGCCAAACUCAGCACAGCCAUCGCCGCCUCAUAGCCCACCCUGCUUUUUAUACUGUAGGUGGAAAAUGGGAUAAUUCUGUGUGACGUUUCCUCCAUAUGACUUCAAUUCAGCACUCGAACCAUUCUACUAAAGUUAUUAUUACAUUCA